UCCGCCGUGGAAUCGGCGAUACUUUCUAUACUAUAUCUUCCCUUCGAUUCCUCGGCUCCACCUCUAACGCCUCUCAUCUGUACCCUCCCUCAGCUCCGCCUCGAAUCCUCCUCCCAAAUCCGCCGCCGCUGGCCGUCCGAUCUCCUUCUCCACCCGCCUGCUCGAUCCGCCGCCCGUGCCGAUCCUUUCUAGCUUCUUUCCAGGGAAUUCUGAUUUUGUUGAUCUCGGGGUUCGAAGUCUCUUGUCUCAUCUCGUAUUCGGAUCGCCGUCGGAUAUGUCGGGACCGCUCGAUCGGUUCGCCAGGCCCUGUUUUGAGGGGUUUUCGAGUCAUGAUGAACGAAAAGAACGGAAGUCAGACUUUGAGAAUUCAGAAGAUGAAAGGAGGACAAGAAUUGGAUCAUUGAAGAAAAAGGCUAUAAAUGCAUCAACUAGAUUUAAACAUUCUUUAAAGAAAAAGAAUAGGAGAAAAAGCAACAGUCGAGUUAUUUCCGUUUCAAUCGAGGAUAUACGGGAUAUUGGGGAGUUGCAAGCUGUUGAUGCAUUUCGUCAAUCACUAAUUUUAGAUGAGUUGCUACCUGCAAGUCAUGAUGAUUAUCAUAUGAUGCUGAGAUUUUUGAAGGCAAGGAAAUUUGAUAUUGAAAAAGCAAAGCACAUGUGGGCUGAAAUGCUUCAAUGGAGGAAGGAAUAUGGUGUUGAUACUAUUGUAGAGGAUUUUCAGUACAUUGAGUUAAAUGAAGUUCUACAGUACUAUCCUCAUGGUUAUCAUGGUGUGGACAAGGAGGGGAGACCUGUUUACAUUGAAAGGCUGGGAAGAGUCGAUCCCAACAAACUCAUGCAGGUGACAACAAUGGAUCGGUAUGUAAGAUACCAUGUGAGGGAGUUUGAGAGGAGCUUUGCGAUCAAGUUUCCAGCAUGCUCGCUUGCAGCGAAAAAGCACAUUGAUUCAAGUACAACCAUUCUAGAUGUUCAGGGCGUGGGUCUGAAAAACUUCAGCAAGACUGCCCGAGACCUGAUUGUGCGAUUGCAGAAAAUUGACAGUGACAACUACCCAGAGACAUUGUACCGAAUGUUUAUCAUCAAUGCUGGUCCAGGCUUUAGGCUGCUAUGGAACACUGUGAAAUCUUUUCUUGAUCCAAAAACUACUUCAAAGAUUCACGUUCUCGGAACCAAGUACCAAAAUAAAUUGUUUGAGGUAAUUGAUGCCAGUGAGCUGCCAGAAUUUUUUGGUGGUACUUGUACCUGUGCAGAACAUGGAGGAUGCCUUAAAUCUGAAAAGGGUCCAUGGAAGGACCCAAAUAUAUUGAAGAUGGUCCUCAGUGGUGAAGCACAAUGUGCAAGACAAAUUGUGACUGUUUCCAAUGGUGACGGGAAGAUCAUUGCUUAUGCUAAGCCACAAUACCCAGCAAAAAAGGGUAGUGAUACAUCUACUGCUGAAUCUGGCUCAGAAGUUGAAGAUGUUACUUCCCCCAAAGCAUCAAGGAAUUAUAUUGAACAUCCUCAGUUGACUCCUGUUCGUGAAGAGGCAAAAAUGGUUAAGGCAGUAAGCUUUUCUUGCUUUCCAGGGCAUGAUGAAUAUGUCCCGAUGGUUGACAAGGCUGUGGAUGCAGGAUGGAAGAAAGAAGUUUCUAAUCAAAAGCUCUCUUUGUCUAAAGGAUCAUUUUCUUUAUCGGAGACAUGUAAGCCUCCUGGAGGACUUCAAGCUCAGAUAUACGCAUUGUUUAUGGCCUUCUUCAUGAUGCUUUUCACACUGUUUCGUUCCGUCACGAGCUGUGUGAUGAAGAGGCUUCCAGACAAAACUUCUGAGCUGGAUCACCUUUAUUCUACAUGUUCUGUAGACCCUGUUCCUAAAGGGGAACUUCGCCCCCCCUCACCUGCUCCUGGGUUUACAGAGGCAGACCUCCUUUCAUCGGUCUUGAAAAGGCUGGGCGAGCUGGAAGAGAAGGUCAAUAUUCUUCAAGCAAAGCCAUCUGAAAUGCCUUUGGAGAAAGAAGAGUUGCUUAAUGCUGCUGUCUGCCGUGUGGAUGCAUUAGAAGCUGAGCUUAUAGUUACCAAAAAGGCUUUACAUGAAGCUCUUAUGAGGCAAGAAGAACUGCUUGCAUACAUUGACCGUCAGGAAGAUGCCAAGCUUCGGAAGAAGAAAUUUUGCUUUUAAAGAAAGAGAUUGCGCAGAUCCAUUUCACGAUGACCAUCCUGCUGUUGAUGAAAGAUGAUUUUGAUGUGUAUUUAUUCAGAGAAACCGUUUCCUGAUGACAAUAGUUAAUGAGCUUCUGACUCUAUUGAGAUGAAUGAGCUGAUAAAAAUAAAUCAUAUUGUUUCAUUGUUAUCCCCUGCUGCUAAUGUCAUGGUUGAUGCCCAGUCUGUUAA